AUGUCAACAGAUUUUGUCAACGACCCUUCUGAAAUGAAAUUUAGAAGCUCUUUCUCGUACAAAAAUGACAACAUAAGAAAUAGUAUUCAAAUACCGAAUGGUGUCGCGCUUAGAGAUACUCUUAAUAACUUUAAUGAAACACCUCAAGUAGUUAAUGGGUUUGGAACUUACUUUGUAUCUUGGAUUUCCAACUAUGUGUUACUGUUGAAUAGUAUUGCGGUGUUUGCAUUAAAAAAUCAAAAACAACAAUCAAUGGAAGGAGUAGAUGGAUUUAGAUACUCUAUGAUUGAGCAAUAG